AUGAAGUGCAUCUCGGGACUGUGUCUUUUCCUUUUACAUUUGAGCGUCGCUUUGGCGCUUGAAGCACCCCGAAGCAGGCCUUAUUAUGGGGCUUCACCCAGACAUGAGGCCACCAAACAUGAGCAGGAAAAUCUAGUGGAGAUAAUCUUUGAAAAUUUCAGAGAUGGCGAGGCUACAAUUCUAGAGGAAGAAGUGCGCUCGUUGCUAUCCGAUUUUGUACCAGCAGCCUUGAAGGCAGCGGUCAAGAAAAACGAUCCUCUAAAAAUAUUGCCUGGUAUCGGCGAUGAAGGCUGGAGCAUUGUUCAGAUGGCCUUGGUGCACCUUUCGUCAAUUCUUCUUCAGCAUGACCUCACUUUUAUCGGUGGAGACGGUGGUGAAGACCUGAGUGAACUCUGGGAGAACGCUUGCGCAGGGGGGAACAAUCAUCUGGCUGUUUGGCACGGGAAUAAAAAUAAAAGAAAUGGUCGAAGAGGAGGAUCGAAUACAAUCGCUGUAUGCUCCUCAUAUUUCGGGAAGCCGGCUACUUCUUCAAUCAAGGAUACAGAGCCAUCAAAGUUCUGUGAAAUGAGCAACAAGGAUAUUUUGGGAUUGAAAAGUACAAUUUUGCUCCGAGAGCUGGCCCAAACAUCCCAUGUUGGUGAAGGCCUAAUGCCUCGAGAGGAAAUGACAAUUGAAGGGAUUGCAGCGGUUCAGACAGGGAACGCACAAGGUAUCCUUCAGAAAACCGGUGAGGUCAAUGCAGACCUGGAACAGGUUAAUGUUGAUUCAUUCACUCUUUAUGUUGCGCUUACGUGGUUCAGAUCUAUAUGUAAAGAGUGA